AAAAAUCCAACUAUGAAUCUCCCCUCUCCACCACCUCACUCUUUUCACACUCACGCUUUUUUGGUAGACAAUGUCGGUGCAUUCCCUGCUAGUUUUGCUCCUCCUGGGAUUUCUCCGGCGGGCGCCGCCGUGCUCGGCCACCUCCGUGUCUCUCGUGGGCAUCAACUACGGCCGGGUGGGUAACAACUUACCCUCGCCGGAGACGGUGCCCCGCCUCGUCUCUACCAUCGGCGUCGGCCGCGUCCGCCUCUACGACGCCGACCCCGCCGCCAUCCGCGCCUUCGCCAACACCGGCAUCGAGCUCGUCGUCGGCCUCCCCGACCGCUGCCUCCCCAAACUAGCCGGCGACGCUGGCCAGGCCCUCGCCUGGGUGCGGUCCAAUGUCCAGGCCUACCUCCCGGCGGCGAAGAUCGCCUUCCUUACCGUCGGCAACGAGGUGCUCACCAGCAACAACACCGCCCUCCCCCGCUUCCUCCUCCCGGCCAUGGAAAACCUCCACUCCGCCCUCACCUCCCUCGGCCUCGACCGCCAGAUCGCCGUCACCACCGCCCACUCCCUCGCCGUCCUCGGCGACUCCUACCCGCCCUCCACCGCCACCUUCCGCCGCGACCUCCUCCCCCUCGUCUGUCCCCUCCUCGAUUUCCACGCCCGCACCGGUUCCCCCUUCUUCAUCAACGCCUACCCCUACUUCGCCUACGAGAAGGACCCCUCCGGCGUCGCCCUCGACUACGCCCUCCUCCAGCCCGGCGCCGCCCCCGUCGUCGACCCGCGCUCCGGCCUCAAGUACGGCAGCCUCCUCCACGCCCAGAUCGACGCCGUCUACCACGCGAUCGCCGCCGCCGGGGCGACCAAGGGGGUCGAAGUCAGGGUCUCGGAGACCGGGUGGCCGUCGGCCGGCGACGCCGACGAGGCGGGGGCGACGGCGGAGAACGCGGCCACCUACAACCGGAAUUUGAUGAAGCUGGUGGCGGAGGGGAAGGGUACGCCGCUGGUGCCCAAGGUGCCGCUGCGGGUCUACAUGUUUGCGCUCUUCAACGAGAACUUAAAGCCCGGCCCUACGUCGGAGAGGAACUACGGGCUCUUCAAGGCCGACGGGACGCCGGCGUACCAGCUUGGCUUCACGCUCGACAACUCCACCGCCACCGGCGCAGGAGCUGGUGGUGCUACGGGCUGGAGCGGGGAUUCCUCCGGCCAGUCCUCCUCCGGUUAUUACAGCAUUUCGGCGGCGGCCGCCACGGAGGAGUGGGUGCGGCAGCGAAGAGUGGUGAAUGCGGCCGCCGGCAUGGUAUUUUUUUGUUUUGUUAUUUGUGGCAAUUUAAUGGUGGGUCAGUGGGUGGGGAUUUCCAAGUGAAAUUCUGCUGUAAGUGGAGGGUUUGCAGGGGACCAUCGUGGGAACUCAAAUUUUUAGUUUCUUUAGUUGCAUUUCGUUUAAUUUUAUCUCUUUGGAAA